AUGGGCUAUCACACUUCUGCAAUCGCAUUCUUUGUUAUAUUUCUGACAGUCUUCUCAGCUUCCUUAGCUCAUAUAGUGGAACCUGAAGACUAUUUUUAUGGCAGAAUGAAGUUUCAAGCGGACGAUGAAUCAAUUAUCCAAGGUCCACCCACCUUAGAAGACAUAAUACCAAUAGAAAAAGAUUUAACUCGAUUUGUAGACUAUUUGCGAUCGUUUGGUGACAUUAUUGGCCUGAUCUCCAACCCCAACUCGACGAUUACGCUUUUUGCACCUGUAAACUCGGCAUUCCGCAAUCUCACCCACAAACCUCACCAGGUCAAAGAUUCUUCCCAAGAUCCUAAAGAAAAACUGUACCAAUUCGUUCUGGGACAUAUUGUACCUGCAAUAUACGAAACUCUCCCUGUGGGGCAAGAAUUGCAAACGAUGCGCCAAGGGAUCAAGGUUAAGGUGGAAAACGGGAAGGAUGGUGGAUAUAAAUUGAAUGGAGAAAUAAAUACGGGGGUUACUAAAAAAGCGGUGAAUGGGAUCAUUUAUAAGAUCGAUGGUGUUUUGACGAAUGAUUAA